CUGAGGAAGUAAGACAUUCGGACUGGGGCUGUCAUGAGUUUGACAGUCACACAGCAAUAACAUAUGCGUCUCGCUAAUAUUGCGUUCUUAUAUGUUGGCAUCCACGUAACGCGUCUUGCGCAAAUGGUGAAUGGAUAUGAAGGCAUGGAUCGCUGAGGACAGCCAUGGUGCUUAUCAAUUCUGUACUGAAACUGCUGCAGAGACAGACCUACACCUGCCUGUCUCACCGAUAUGGGCUCUACCUUUGCUUCGGAGGUCUUGUCCUCAUGAUCGUGUCUGCAUUUCAGUUUGGGGAGGUGUUGGUGGAAUGGAGCAGGGAUCAGUAUCAUGUGCUGUUUGACUCCUAUAGAGACAAUGUGGCUGGGAAAUCCUUUCAGAACCGCCUGUGCCUGCCCAUGCCCAUUGACGUGGUAUACACCUGGGUGAAUGGCACAGACACCAACCUGAUGAAGGAGCUGCGGGCUGUGAGGGAACAUCUGGAAGAGGAGCUGAGAGCACGGAGGGAACGACUGGGAAAGAACGCCAGCGAUACUACCGACGCUCCCAAGAAGAGUGAGAAGCCUGAGUGCCUCCUGUCCCACUGCAUUGUGGCGCCCGUCUUGGUGCUGGACCCCGCCCUUCCCGCCAACGUCACCCUGAAGGAGCUGCCGUCCCUCUCGCCCUCCUUCACCCCUGCCAAACAGCUGCUGCAGCUCGGCAAGCCCCGCAAUCCUGCUACCAGCGUCACGGUCCUCCUGUUCCACUCCCAUACUGAAGCUGAUAAGGCCCAUGCAGACGUGCCAAACGUCACUCUGAAACGCACCAUCUCCCGCGGUUACCUGACUACAGAUAAGGAGGCCCCAGGCUUGGUGCGGAUGCAGACCCUUGCCUACCUAAGUGGCUUCCCCCCUUCCUUCAAGGAGACGGAGCAGCUGAGGGCCAAACUGCCAUCCACCGUCACCAGCAAGAUCAAACAACUGCAGCUGUACUCAGAGGCCAGCAUCGCCCUUCUCUACCUGAACGGCCCGCAGGACUUCGCCGACCUGACCCAGCAGGCCCGCAAGAACCUGACCCUGGACGGCAAAGAGCUGACCGUUAGCCCCGCCUUCCUGUUCUGGGACCUCAGUGCCAUCAGCCAGUCCCGGCACGACGAGGACGUCUCGGCCAGUCGCUUCGAGGACAACGAGGAGCUCCGCUAUUCGCUGCGCUCGGUGGAGAGACACGCCCCCUGGGUGCGGCACGUCUUCAUCGUCACCAACGGCCAGAUCCCGUCCUGGCUCAACCUGGACAACCCCCGCGUCACCGUGGUAACGCACCAUGAGAUAUUCCAGAACGAGUCUCACCUCCCCACCUUCAGCUCCCCCGCCAUUGAGACCCACAUCCACCGCAUCCCGGGCCUCUCGCAGAAGUUCAUCUACCUGAACGACGACGUCAUGUUCGGGAAGGACGUCUGGCCUGACGACUUCUACAGCCACUCUAAAGGGCAGAAGGUUUACCUCACCUGGCCUGUGCCGAACUGUGCAGAGGGCUGUCCCGGCUCCUGGAUCAAAGAUGGUUACUGUGACAAAGCCUGUAAUAAUUCUGCCUGUGACUGGGAUGGAGGAGACUGCCUCGGAACGGCGGGGAGCAGCCGGUUUGGAGCAGGAGGCGGAGCUGGGGGCACAGGGGGUGGGAUUGGUCAGCCCUGGCAGUUUGGAGUCGGCUUAGGUGGCAUGGGAGGCGUGUCCUACUGUAACCAGGGUUGUGCCAACUCCUGGCUGGCAGACAAGUUCUGCGACCAAGCCUGCAACGUGCUGUCCUGUGGGUUCGACGUAGGCGAUUGUGGGAAAGAUCAUUUCGGGCAGCUCUACAAGGUGACCCUUCGGAGGAACGUGACCCACUACGUCCUCCCCGUGGGUGAGACCAGGCCCUACUUCAGCUUUGCGGGGCUGGCCCAGCGUGUCUCGGAGGCCCAGGUCAGCGACAACACUGCUGUGCGCCACACCUCCGUGGCCAACAAGUGGAAGACGGUCCACCUUCUGCUGCUAGCCGGCAUGAACGCCACGCAGAUCCGCUACAACCUCACCUUCCAGGGCGAGGACGACCGCCCGUUCAACAUGGCUUUCACCGUCGCCGUGGAUACCCGCGCGGUCACCGGCGGCAACGCCACCGGGGACACUGCCCCGGUGGGAGGAGGAGGGACGGCGACCCCCAAGCCCACCCUGGAACCUGAGUUUCGGUUCCAGGACAUCCCGGCGGAGUUGCGGGGCCCCAGGGUCCAUAAGUUGGGCGCGGGGCCGAUGGCGGUAAGGGUGCCCGAGCUGAACGUCUCUCUGCUUCCCGCCAAUUUGCGGAGCGAGCUCCAGCAACUGGACCUGAAGCUCCAGAUGGGGGACAUCACCCCGAAAGGAUACAACCUCACCAAAGCCGCUCUACUCCAACCCUUCGACACUCCUGCCCUGCGAGCCUCGACUCCCCCUGCGAAGCCGGCCGCCCACAAACCUUACAAAGACAUGGGAGCGGAGGACCCUGGGAUAGCCGGGGCCUCCAAGAGGGAGAAUGAGAGCGAGAAGGUCCUGCCGACUCCUGUCCCGGUUCGAAUCGACGACCAACCAGACAGAGAUGCUCCAGCGCUUCCCGAGGCCGGUAAAGACCACCCUUCCGGGACCAGGAGCCCCCAACUGCCAAAACUACUCAACGCCCUCGUGGGGAGCAGUUCCAGGACUAAGGACGGGGAGGGGCAGCCCAGGGAGGGUGAGGCCCCCCAGGAGGGGGGUCCUGGGCAGGGGGCGGGGGGCCGGGUGCUCCUGAGUCUGAAGCUCCAGCACUACAUCUCCGCAGACCGAGGCUUCCUCCCCUGGGAGAGGAGGAAGUACUUCAGAGACCUGCUGGAGGAGGAGGAGCGCCUGCAGACAGAGCUGUCCUACCAGGCGGACAGCGCCCCCUCUGGCCGGAGGCUCCAUGACACCUUUGCAGACUCCCUGCGGCACGUCAACAAGAUCCUGAAUGGCCAGUUUGGCUUCACCUCCCGCAAGGUCCCCGCCCACAUGCCUCACAUGAUCGACCGGCUCGUCAUGCAGGAGCUGCAGGACAUGUUUCCUGGGGAGUUUGAUAAGACGUCCUGUCAUAAGGUGCGUCACUCAGAGGACAUGCAGUUCGCCUUCUCCUACUUCUACUAUCUGAUGAGCGCCCUGCAGCAGCUGGAUGUGUCCCAGGUGUUCGACGAAAUCGAUACCGACCGCUCCGGCAUCCUGUCCGACCGCGAGAUCCGAACGCUGGCCACACGCAUCCAUGAGCUGCCCCUCAGCCUGCAGGAUCUCACAGGCUUAGAGCAGAUGCUGAUAAACUGCUCAAAGACCCUUCCCAGUAACCUCACCCAGCUGCACAUGGUCAGCCCCACCCAGGAGGCCUACUACGACCCCAGCAUGCCUCCAGUUACGAAAGGACUGGUCGUCAACUGCAAGGCGAUCACAGAGCGCAUCCACAAAGCCUUCAAGGACCAGAACAAGUACAAGUUUGAGAUCAUGGGGGAGGAGGAGAUCGCCUUCAAAAUGGUGCGGACCAACGUGUCUCACGUGGUGGGCCAGCUGGAUGACAUCAGGAAGAAUCCCAGGAAGUUCAUCUGCCUGAACGACAACAUCGACCACGCCCACAAGGACGCGGGCACGGUGAAGGCGGUGCUGCGGGACUUCUACGAGUCCAUGUUCCCCGUCCCCUCGCAGUUCGAGCUCCCACGGGAGUACCGCAACCGCUUCCUCCACAUGGGCGAGCUGCAGGCAUGGCGUGCGUACAGGGACAGGCUGAAGUUCUGGACUCACUGCGUGCUGGUGACCCUGGUGGUCUUCACCAUCAUCUCCUUCUUUGCAGAACAGCUGAUCCUCCUGAAGCGCAGGCUGUUCCCCAGGAGGCGGGUCAGCAAGGAGGCCAACCCCCAGCGCGUCUGACGGACAGGCCCCCUCGUCUGUGGUUCCCGCUCUCCAUCCUUCUCUUCCUCCCUCCAUCACUGUCAUCCCCCUAUUCAACCUGUCAUCCGUCCCUCCUGCUAUCCCCCCACCCUCGAGGGCAUUGGGAAAAAGAAGGGAAGAGGAUCGAAAAAUCCGAAAUACAUUUUGGCAGGGGGCGGAGACUUUCCUGAUUGGCUGUCGUCCCUGGCUGGGGGGUGGAUCCUCGCCCGAUCCGAAAGACUGUUGGACGAAUCACAAAACAGGGCCUGAAGCUGGACACUGCCCCCGCCCCUCGACCCCUGACCCCUGACCCCAGGAUCCGAAACAGCGGAGUGCUGAGUCUCCUAUGGAGUCUGCCCUGAGACCAAAGCACGGUCGCAAUUCUGUGUGCACCUCUAGAGGGAGCCGUCUGUGACACGCCAAUAUCACCUGCCCUUAAGGACUCCAUAAGUGAGGCUUAAAAGUGAGAGAUUGUAAUGAGAAGGGGAAGGUGGUGUGUGUGUGUGUGUGUGUGUGUGUGUGUGUGUGUGUGUGUAUACACCUGUACGGGAGUGUGCGGGUAGGGUGUGUGAGUAUGUGUGUGUGUGUGUGUGUGUGUGUGUGUAUACACCUGUACGGGAGUGUGCGGGUAGGGUGUGUGAGUAUGUGUGUGUGUCUGUGAGUGUGUUUAAGAGCGUGCGGGUUGGGUCUGUUACUCUUUUCACACAGUUUAUAAGUGCAUGUGCGUUUGUGUUUGCAUGUACAUGUCUGUGAGCGUGUGUGUGUGUGUACACGUGUACGGGAGUGUGCGAGUAGGGUGUGUGUGUGUGUGUGUGUGUGUGUGUGUGUGUGUGUGUGUGUGUGUGUACACCUGUACGGGAGUGUGUGGGUAGGGUGUGUUGCUCGUUUUGUUUUGUUUCUACACAAGUGCCUUUCGGUGAGUCUCGGUGCGAUCCCGCCGGCUCCAGCCCUCGCACGCACGACCUCACGGGAGCCGACCCCGCCGUCCAUGGAUGUACCUUCACGAUGAAAAACGUUUUUAAAUUUCAGUCGCUUCUUCGGCCCGCAGCCUCAGCUUUGGGACGCUCUGACCUCGGUUCUGUGGAAAGCACUAACGUCAGACCUUCAAAGCAUGUCAAUUUAACAUUUCCUUAGUUUCUGGUUCGGUCACGGUAUUGGGAAAUAAUUUGAUGAAUGCAUCGUUUGGAAAAAAAAAAUAAUAAUAAUAAUAAUCUGAAUGCCAUAAAUUGAUUGCGAUUGUAUGCCAUGAAAUCCUUGACUGAUUUAUGUGAAAUUCAUUUUUCUAUGGUCGGUGUUUGUCUCGCACCCAUCCAGCUGAAUGGGGAGUAAAACUAAAAAAAUAGAGCAUUUUCUGCA